ACUUUUCGUGACGUCACUUUGUUUUCAUUUAUGCCGACGUCAACAAAUCGGAAAAGAAAGUGGGGAAAGGAUGCCGCCGUUUGAGACCAAUUUUAAGGUGUAAUUGUAUCACGUUUCCGUAUUUAUAUUGUGAAUUAUACUUGUUACAUCAAUCAACGUAAGAAAAAUGUUUUCCUUGCUGAGCACCGCGACCAUGUUCGGCGCCUUCACCGCCUUGUUCGCGAUCAUCUUCCAAGCGUAUCUCUCGUCGAACGAGCUCGUCAAGCUUACGGUCAUCCUGCAGCAUCUACGGGACCUAGAGGUGGAGUUUCCGGUCGGGGGGCCCCGCGUCGCAAUCGGUUAUGGGUCGUGUAGUGACCUGCAUGUGCGAGCCGUUAACUUCCUAGCACAUAACGAAACCAUCGUCAGCGGCCUUAACUUUACCGGUUACACCUUCGACGACAUAACGACUGAAGAGGAGUUUCUGCUCAAUUUUGCGUACUACUUCCAACAGGGAGCAGCGGCAGAACGUUUCACUGCCAAUCGAGAGCUGUUCCUACAGUUGGUGCAACGGGCCAAAAAGUCUUCUGCCGUCGAUCAUCACUGGGCGCUCGGUGGCAAUGCUCCGGUCAUCGGUUCACGGAUGGCAAUGGAGGGUGCCACUGUGCUGCUCGGGGCGAAAAUGUCCAGCAAAUUGAAAACCCAUCUGCGACCAGAGGUAUUACUGACGGGUAGUCUCAUCGAAGACGAUGACAUUCAUCUCAUCCUGGAGUAUAAUACUGAUGAUACGUGGGGACAGCUCGUUUCACCACGUGCUAAUCGGUACAUUCUGCACAACGAUCGGCAUAAUCCGAUGAUCAGUUCACUGGAAGAGUUUGACACCGCACUGCCCGACUUCAAUCCGGAUCUAUUCAUCGUCAGUGGCCUUCAGAUGAUGGACAACUAUGUGUACCAGCCGGGGGUUCGUGAGGCACGUCUACAGAAGGUCCAGCAGCAGAUGCAGGCACAGUCCGUCCGUACCCUCAUCCACUUUGAGAUGGCCAGUUUCGUGGAACUGGAACUGUUGCAGCUACUGAUGCGCUACGUACUCCCGUACACCGAUUCGAUCGGUAUGAACGAGCAAGAGCUCGACAAUUUGCAACAGGUGCUGGAAACGGGUCGAAUCAGUUUGGUGGCCGAUUCGAACCCACGUGUUGCUCAUUCGCUCGAUCAAGCACGGAGCGUCUUUGCUCGGCUGAACCAACAGUUGCGUGUUGGCAACGCGAACGAUGCUAGUAGUGGAAAGCGGCGUCCACUGUCGCGAAUCCAUCUGCACACGCUCGCCUACCAGGCCUUCAUAGUGUCUAAGGGAAGCAGCUGGAAGCACACGAAGCAAGCGGCCGCAAAAGCAUCCCUCACCGCACACCGGCACGUGUGUGCGAGUACGAUUGUGAACCCGGAUGCAUCCUACCUGCAGAUGGAUGGCAGUUUUGCCGUGUCGGCCAAGCCGGGUGCUAGGCGGAUUCCCUUCGAUAACCGCGAACCGGUGUCCUGCUGGGACGAAUCGAUCCCGUUAUCCGUCGAUGGCGAGAGCACUAGUCACGAGGCCGUCGAAGUGGAAAUCUGCGUGGCACCGGUUUUGAUCUGCAAAAAUGCUAAACAAACGGUGGGUGCCGGUGAUAACAUAUCGGGAGCCGGACUGGUGCUGCAAAUUUGAUGACGCCAUCAGCGUAACUCAUUCCACUCUGUUACCAGACAAGACUGCUAGAGUUGCCCCAGACUGCCAUGGAGCGGAUGAUGAUCGCCAAAUGCGUUCCAUUUUAACGUGUCGAUAUUUUGUUGGUUGAGAUUUGCUAGUUUAUUGAAUGACGAGCACGAGAGACAUUUUAA